AUGGACGUGGAUAUUGGCGAGUUUCUGCGUAAGGCGAACGAGAACAAAGACUCUGAAGCCCUGCAGUCUGCCUACAAGUUACUUCUCACCACAGCAGCAGGAGACAGAGGACAAACCGAACGUGUUCCCAGCGAGUUUUACGUGGUUUGUGCAGAAACAGCCCUGCAGUUGGGGCAUGUGGAGAUGAGCGCGGCGUGUCUAAAGAUGUUCUUUGAUGGGAAUCCGCCAGCGGAUCAGUGUUUCUGUCGAGCCCUCCUCUGCCAGGGCCGGCUGAAGGCUCCGCCGGCCACCGGGACUGUGGAAGACUUUGGAGAGGCUGUGGUGUAUUUUCUGAAAGCAAUUGAAGUAUCAAAGAGUGAACCAAGAUACCACUUCCUGGUCUUCAAUGCCUCAGUCCUUUACUUCCAGACGGUGCGUCCUCUCCUGCAGACACAACGCUGCCUCCACCUGGUGCCCUCCCUUAAGCAGGUGGUGCAAAGUUUGGAGGAGGUGGCCGACCAGGACCACGGCUGGAGAGCUGAGCUCAUGAUACACCUGCUCGAAUGUCUCAUGCACUCUGGCCAAAUCGAUGAUGCUGCAAGUUUCGCUAAAGUUACAGAAGAGUUCACCAAGUCACAUUCUCCACACCUUUAUCCAAGACUCUAUACAUUACUGGUGAAACACAAGCUGUCCGAUGGUGACGUUCUCCUUGAAACAAGCAGGCGGUCCACGGCCCUAACGGUCAUUUACAACAUUCAGACAUUAAAGAAGUGUAUGGAAAUAAAUGCAAACGACAUGACAAAAGAGGAUUCCGAGAAGCUGGAGGAGAUAUUCUGUCUCCUGGCGGCUCGUAUUAAAGCACCUUCUACGCCUGUGAGCUUCAUCCCUCCACCAAGCCUGACACCCAUCCAGCCGUCUGACAGAUGUUCCUUCCUGCUGGAGCUGGCUCUGCUGGCCGUGCAGAUGAAGCAUCAGAAAGUCGCCGCCAGCUGUUUGAGAGAGUUGAAGUCGGCGGGAGAGGCGAGCCCUGACCAACGCAUAAUGAUGGAAUGUGUCAACUGUGAACUCAACCUCCUGAAGAAAGGAGCUAAGAUGAACGAGUACUCCAGAGCUGGUAUAGAGGCCCGCCUGCAGGACGUGGAGCGGCUGGAUCAGUUGCUGCAGAGAGCGGUGAGGACGGCGAGCCCCCGGGCCGUGCAAGCUGUGUGUGUCGCCCAGUGGAACUGCUGUCUGCCUCUCCUGCAGCACGGCCUCAGGAAACGCAUCAAGACACCUCUGCUCAAGCUGGCCCAGGUUCUGGAGGACACGCAAAGUCUGUUGCUGGAGGAGCGCUGUCACGUCCACUCAGAGCUGGCAGGAAGUGAAGAGGAGGACGGGCGUCUCGAGGCGUCUUUGACUCACCUUCAGAAAGCCGCGCUGCUGGAUAACGGGUCUCAACGAGAGCGCCUGUCAUCGGCGCUCCAUCUCCUGCAGCUCAAACGAACCCGCUACCAAACGCCGACCCGAGCCGAGGAUAAAGCCGCUCUGCUGAUGCAGCAGAUAAAGGACGAGCCAUCACAAGCUCAUGAAGACAACCGCCGUGUUCUUGUCUCUGUCGGUCUCCUUUUGGCUCCUGAUGAUUUUAAGAUGGUGCUGGAUGCAGACAACACUUCUAAAACUCCUGGAUUCCUCCACACCUGUCUGCCAUCAGCUCAUCAGCUCCCUCAGUCUCCACACCUGCCUGCCAUCAACUCAUCUCCACUGCAGUAUAUCUACACUGGUUUUUCCACCACUCCUCGCCAGAUUGUUGUCAAACCUCCGUGCCUGUCACAGAACAAUCUGGCCAGUAUGGACCCAGCGGACGUGGAUUCACUCCGUCGUGCUCUGGCUUCCCAGGGGACCCUGCUUGGACAACAUGACAAGCUUCUUCGUGAAGUAGGGGAGUCAUUACAGGCAUUAACCACCAGUAUUUCCCAACUCCCUGCUUCAUCACCCGCUGCUCCUCCAGUCACUGCUCACCCUGAUUCACCCCCAGCUCAGGCCGCUCCAGCUCCGCCUUCCCGGGAACCUCACAUCCCGACCCCGGAGCGAUACUCUGGCGAGCCGGGAGCUUGUGGACAGUUUUUGUUCCAGUGUGCUCUAGUGUUUCAGCAGCAGUCGGCAACAUAUAGCUCAGGUCAGUCACGCAUUGCCUUUAUUAUGGGUUUGCUUUCCGGGAGAGCAGCUCAGUGGGUUAAAGCGCUGUGGGAUAGAGCGUCCCCCGUGCUCUCUUCCUACCCUCAGUUUGUGGCGGAGUUAGAGAAAGUUUUUGACUGCCCCAUCCAAGGCAAAGAAGCUUCUAGCAAGCUAUUCUCUUUCUGUCAAGGCUCCAGGUCUGUUGCGGACUAUUCCAUUGAGUUCCGGAUAUUGGCAGCAGAAAGUGGGUGGGGAGAGCUAAGUUUGCAGGGAGCAUAUAUGAAUGGUUUGGCGGAUUACAUCAAGGAUGAGCUUGCGGCGAGGGAUGAAACGGAGGAUUUGGACUCCCUUAUUUCCCUGGCUACUCGUCUUGACAACCGUCUGCGGCAGCGCCGCAGGGAGAAAGCAGGCCGUCCACAAAUUCCCAUGUCAUGCCCUCUGCCUGUGCCUCAACCCAGCUUAGCUCCCCGAGCCAUCCCCUGUGCCAGGUCCCGCUCCAGUGAUUCCUCCAGCUCCUCCUCUUCUCUACCCCCUGAAGAACCCAUGCAGUUGGGUCGGGCUCGUCUCUCCCCAACAGAGCAGAGAGAGACAAUGGAGCAAUACAUUCAUGAAUCGCUGGCUGCUGGCAUCAUCCGUCCAUCCUCUUCCCCAGUUGGAGCAGGUUUCUUCUUUGUUUCCAAGAAGGAUCGCACUCUCCGCCCCUGCAUUGACUACAGAGGCCUCAACGCCAUCACCAUCAAAAAUAAGUAUCCUUUACCCCUCAUCGACUCAGCUUUCGAACCCAUCCAGAAAGCCACUGUCUUUUCAAAACUGGAUUUGAGAAACGCCUACCACCUUGUCAGGAUCAAGGAAGGGGACGAGUGGAAAACGGCCUUCAACACCCCUCUUGGACACUUCGAGUACCUUGUGAUGCCUUUUGGUCUGACUAAUGCCCCCGCUGUGUUCCAAGCCCUAGUGAACGAUGUACUCCGUGACUUCCUCAACAGAACCGUGUUUGUCUAUCUUGACGACAUUCUGAUUUUCUCCCAAGACCCAGAAGAACACAUCCAACAUGUCCGACAAGUACUCCAGAGGCUCCUAGAGAAUAAACUCUUUGUGAAGGCAGAGAAAUGCGAUUUUCAUGCCAGUUCAGUUUCUUUCCUGGGGUACAUCCUUGAGGGUGGACAAAUGAGAACAGACCCUGCUAAAAUCCAGGCAGUGACUAACUGGCCCAAACCCACAUCUGUUAAGCAGCUCCAGCAGUUCCUUGGCUUUGCUAAUUUCUACCGCCGCUUCAUCAGAGACUACAGUCGGGUGGCCGCACCCCUAACCAGACUCACCUCCACUGCGACUGCUUUUUCUUGGACCCCUGAGGCCGAGGCAGCCUUCUCUGGUCUCAGAAGGCUCUUCACUUCUGCGCCUGUGCUCAUCCACCCAGACCCCACUCGUCAGUUUAUUGUGGAGGUCGACGCAUCCAGCUCUGGAGUGGGGGCUGUGCUCUCUCAGCGUUCUGCCACCGACCAGAAGCUGCAUCCUUGUGCUUUCUUCUCCCGCCGUCUGUCACCGGCAGAGAGGAAUUAUGAUGUUGGGAACCGGGAACUGCUGGCUGUCAAACUCGCUCUGGAAGAAUGGAGGCACUGGCUGGAGGGGGCCGAACAUCCGUUCGUCGUAUGGACCGACCACAAGAACUUGGCUUACAUCCAGACAGCCAAACGCCUCAACUCCCGUCAAGCUCGCUGGGCCUUGUUCUUCGGCCGUUUCUCUUUUAUACUUACCUACCGUCCAGGCUCUCGAAAUCUGAAGCCAGAUGCUCUCUCCCGCCAAUUUUCCUCGGCGGAGACGCCCUCUAUUCCGGACACCAUCCUUCCUGAGACGUGUGUGGUGGCAGCAGUUACAUGGGAAAUCGAAUCCAUUGUCAGGGAUGCUCAACAGGCUCAGCCGGACCCAGGUAACGGGCCUCCCAAUCGUCUCUUUGUGCCUAGCUCUGCCCGUUCCCAAGUCCUCCAGUGGGGGCACACUUCCCGGUUUGCUUGCCACCCCGGAACUGCCCGUACCCUGUCCCUCCUUAAGCGGCAUUUCUGGUGGCCUUCAAUGGAUUCUGACACCCGUGCCUUUGUGUCCGCCUGUACGGUGUGUGCCCGUGCCAAGGCCUCUCACCAACCACCUGCCGGGUUACUCCGUCCCUUGCCAGUCCCAGCUCGUCCUUGGUCUCACAUAGCCCUCGACUUUGUUACUGGACUUCCACCUUCACAAGGUAAUACCACUAUACUAACCAUUGUGGACCGGUUCUCUAAAUCUGUGCACUUUGUGCCUCUCCUCAAGCUCCCUACAGCCUUGGGGACCGCUGACCAGUUGGUGUACCAUGUCUUCCGCCUCCAUGGCAUACCCUCCGACAUUGUGUCUGACCGUGGGCCCCAGUUCAUCUCGCAGGUCUGGAAGGCCUUCUGCCAGGCCCUCGGCGCCUCGGUGAGUCUGUCGUCCGGUUAUCAUCCCCAGACUAACGGUCAGACGGAGCGGGCCAACCAGGACCUGGGCGCUGCGCUUCGCUGUGUUGCUUUUAGGAACCCCUCCUCCUGGAGCACCCACCUGCCAUGGAUUGAGUAUGCACACAACUCCCUGUCAAGUGCCGCCACGGGUAUGUCACCUUUUGAAUGUUCCUUGGGCUUCCAACCACCUCUGUUUCCAGCCUUGGAGGAGGACAUCUCCGUCCCUUCGGUCCAAGCUCAUCUUCGCCGUUGCCGCAAGGUCUGGAAGGAUGCCCGUGCUGCCUUGCUCCGCACUGCUGACCGCAAUCGCCGCAUUGCUGACCGCCAUCGGACACCGGCCCCUAACUACAAACCAGGUCAGAAAGUAUGGCUCUCUUCUAAGGAUCUCCCUCUGCAAACCUCUUCCAAGAAACUCACACCCCGUUAUGUUGGCCCUUAUGAGAUACUUUCUGUCAUAAAUCCCACCGUUGUCAAGCUCAAGCUUCCUCCUCACAUGAGGGUUCACCCUGCAUUUCACGUCUCCCAGUUGAAGCCGGUCUCCACUAGCCCACUGUCUCCUCCAGCUGCGGCCCCCCCACCCCCCCGCGUCAUCGAUGACCAUCCGACCUACACUGUCCGGCGGUUGUUGGUCGUGCGCCGCCGCGGCAGGGGCUUCCAGUAUCUGGUGGACUGGGAGGGUUAUGGGCCUGAGGAGCGCUGCUGGGUUCCUCGUCGGCAUAUUUUUGGUGCGUCCCUGGUCCGGGACUUCCACCGUGAGCACCCUGACAAGCCUGGCGUUCCUGGAUCUGAUCCAGUCGCUGCUAAAGCUCGGCAUCGCUCCACAUCUGCACACGGGGCCGGACAAAGCGAGGACGAAACCGGGAUGGAGAGGGCGAAGCUGUGGGCGACGCUCGCAAGGACGGCCAGGAAACUGGAAGUGUGGGAUGUUUGCCGGGCGGCCUGUCGGUUCUGUUUGCUGUACGAUGAUGGACGGUGGAGGAUUUCCCAGACUGAGGACUGCAGAUGCUCAGAGGAAGAACGUGGUGCACCGUGUGUUCAUGGUGGCGAUGGAAGACAAACACGUGUGCACUUGCUGCGCCUUUUAGCUGAGAUUAACUGCAUCAGUGCUGAGGCCACUAUUCAAAAGCUUUUAACAGAGGGGGUGAAAUUGAACAGUCCAGCUGUCCGCUCGCAUGAGAGAUGGGUUGGCGUGUCUGAAGAAGAUCCACGCUGGGCUGAUUACAGAGACUGGAUCCAGGCUCUGUCUGCCUCCGCCACUUCCAGCUUCCUGCGGGCCGGAGAGCUGGGGGCAGAGAUCCGGGAACCGUGGCUCGUAGCCAACGCGGCCACUUACUUGUGGAACUACAACAGUCACUUGCUGGCGGCUGAGGAAUACCAUCGCUUGCUGCCCGCCUUCCAGACUCUACUGGAGUUGCUCAGAAAGACCGGGAAUUCUAGGAACUGUACGCUGCAUGUGCUGCUUUGUGACGUCGUGGCCCGGGGGUUGAUUCAGUCUGAGAGAGAUGAUGCUGAUCUGACAGGAGACAAUUUAAAACAUGUUGCAGAGCAGGAUGUCCACGAAGCAUUAAAGCUGUGUGACGACGCCCUCAGCAUAUCCGGCUGUCACAUCUCCGUCCCGAUCGCAGCAAGGAAACGGGUGUUGAGCACAUGGAUGACAAUCAAGAGGUUCUUGCAGCAGCAAAUUAGUUCAAAGACGGAUACGCUAAAGUGUAACAAUGACGGAGUGUCUGCGAUGACGGACGUGCUGGUUGGAGUGGAGACGCUCCAGUGCAACAGGAACCCCGGCCAGUCGGAGUUUUCUGCUCCCAGUCUCUCAACACUGGUGAGAAAGGCGUCUGAAUGCUGCUGGUCCGACGCCGUGGUGGAGUUGCAGGUUUGGUGCGAGCUGGCUGCCUCCUGUCGCCAUGGCAACAACCACAGCUUGGUGUUACGCUGCACCCAGAGAGCUCUGCAGCUGGAAGAAGCCGCGGCGAAGAGUCUCAGCACCACGCCGUGUGUUCUGUACGGCCCGUCUGCAGUGAACGAGAUGCUGAGCGGUGCAGCCUGUGUGAGAGGUUUGAGCUUAAUCCACCAGUCCAGGGGAGACGUGGACGCCUACAGAAUGGGUUUGGAGGUGCUCGUGUCCAGUGUCAGCUUUGCAGAGAAAGCUGAAAGUCAAGUGUUAUGUGUCACAGCUGCCGGGCAUUACUGGAACGCCUGUCUGGCUCUGUCACAGGAAACAUUUCAAUUCAAAGAGCACCUGGAAAGGAUCGUCAUUGCACUCCUUAAUACCACCACACAUGCCAAGGGAAAAAGAUCGCCCCCCAUAGGAGAAUUUCCCCGUGGGACGCCUAAACACGGAGAAUCAAAAGACGAAGAGAGCCUGACAUUGAGAGGAAAUAUUUUACGUUUUUUGCUCCAUGUUCACAUGGAUAAAGCAGACUUUAAAAGCGCUCUCCUGCUGCUUGAUGAAGCUAUAGGAGACAUGCCUCCCACCAGACAUCGUCUACCGUUGCUCAAAUAUCGUAUUCUGGUCAAAGGAUGCCUGGGAGAGAGUGUAACCAUGGACAUGCAGGAACUGCAAGAAGACAGUCAGUGCUGUCCUCUCCUGUGGCACCAGGUGGCGAUAUACGCCCAGACUGUAGAGCAACAGCUAAGCUGCUACAGGAAAGCCCUCACCUCCUUCACGAGCACCAACAGUCAGUGGCAGAAGGCCGGCAUCCUGCUUGAAUUUGGGACAUGGCUGUACUCGAACAACUUCUCCCCAGUAGCUGCUCAACAGCAGGUCCAGUGGGCCAUAGACGUCCUCCUGCACCUGGAACCUGAACCAGCAGAGGAACCAGAUGGAGAAUCCAAAAGGAAUUUAACCUCUUGGAAAUGCAAGUCCUUGGUGGGAGUCCAUGGUUUAUUUACACAAAACCUGUCCAGUCUAAAGGAGGUGCGUCGCCUUGACUACCUGGUGCAAGCUCACACUCUGCUCGCUGUCAUGUGUGACAAAACCUCACACGAGCGUGAACUCAACCUGCUCAGAGCCCACACGUUUGUACUGCACAUAUGGAAGGCUUCUAUGGCCGUGGCUCGGGAGAUUUCUGAGGAAAUAUCAAAGAGUCAGCAACCACAGAAUCCGCCGCCGGCUGAACGCAGAGCGGGCAAAGACAAGGAGAAAGAGAGCAAAAAGAGCAAGAAAGAGAAAAAUCCGCCCCCUCCAGAAGAAAAACUUUUGGAUCUAACGGUUCCUUCAACAACAACGGAGUGGGCUCGUUAUGUCUGUCCCGACCCGGCCAGGCAGAUAUUCAGAACCAGCAGCAAUCCCCAAUGUGUCAACACACACAGCAUCGCAAAGCAGACUCAAAGUUUGUUUUUCCUGAGUCUGCUGGAAGAACAGCUCCACUCCGUCUCCCUGGGUCACCUGACUCUGCCGGUACUGCACCUCGCUGAGACCAUCGCUCUUGAUCUGCUGGACAGGAGGAGCCUGUCCGACCUCUACAGACUCAGACUAGUCAGGACGUGCGUUCAGCUGGGACUGGAGUCCCAGUCUCCGUAUCAGGAGAAACUUCUGACUUUAAGCAGAAUUCAGGAACAAGAACAAAUGGGGUGCCACAAAGCCAUACUCCUCUCUCGGGAGAGGAAAAGCCUUCAAAAAGCUCAGAACCAGAAAGCUGAGUUGGUUGGACCAGCUGUAACUAACCGACCCAGUAAGGAUGUGAGUGCGGUGGAUAUCUGGCUGGAUAAAGCCGGCGUGUGUCUCGGCCUGGGGCUCUAUCCGUCCGCCAGAACGCUGCUCGCUCAGGCCCACACGGUGGCGACGAGUCUCGGAGAGGAUAAAGCUGUUUCCAAAUGUCUCCUGAGCCUGGCAGCUCUGGCUUGUGCGGAGCAGAACUUUGCUCGGGCUCUGGCCCUGCUGGACCGGGACCGGGCCCAGGACCGGGGCGGGGACGAACACUUCUGGUACCAGCUGACCUUCACCAAGGUCACGGCCCUGGCGGGCCAGAGAGGACCAGAUUCACAAACCAAGGUGGACGUGACUGUAAAACAAGGCUGUGCUGCUCUGCAGCUGCUUCUGGGGCAGAGAGUGAACAGAGUGUCGGAGAUCAAAUUCAUGAUCACCUCAUUAGAGAGGAGAGGAGCGGUGGAAUGCAUUCAUGCCGGCGGUGAGUGGAGACCUGGAGAGACGCUGAGCCCUGAGUCUUCCCAGAAGUUAAUGGCUGCCUGUGAUAAACUUGGAGAGUGUGCAAGUAGUUUCACAACACUGGGCUACAGAGAGCAGGCAGCCGAGACGCAUGCAGAGCAAGCACACGGUCUCAGACUCCGUGCCACUCAUCAUCCUGACAAAGAAGAGAAACGGCGGCUCCUACUCGCCGGCCUCUCCCACAUGCAGUCGGCCGUCGCCCUGCAGGAACACGUGACGCUAAACGCUCAGAACCAGCUCCCUUCCCAGGAGAGACCUGAGUUAUCGUUAGUCCCAACGAGGAAGCUGCUGCGCCUGAGACUGACCCUGGCUGAGUUCUGUCUGAGCGUUCUGGAGCAGAACUGCACUGAGAACACACAGAUCGCUUUGGCCCGCAUGAAGAAGACGUCUAUUGAAAUAGCAGUGGAGGAAUUCACACGCAGCCCACCGGAGCCCGGCUCCACAGAACAGGAGUGGCUGGAUGUUUGCAGAGCCGCGGGGCCGGUGGCCGAGGGCCAGCUGGAUGCCGUCGGCUCUCACUCCCUGGACGACGUGGAGACCAGGACUCGGUGUCUCAGUCUGGUGGGAAAGUACCUGAGAUUACUGGCAGUGAAGGAGGAGCCCACGCAUCCCAGCGCUCUCUGGAACGGAGAUAAGCAGGUCCAGACCUCGUGGGAUCCUAAAGGUGUUCCCAUGGAAGAGGAGAUUUCUGAGAGAGACAGUGAUUCAAGCAGAAACGAUCCGGGCACGACCUCAACUCCAAGAGCCGAUCUGCAGGGAACACGCAAGGCCCAGCUACUGUUGGCUGAUGCCAGUAAGGCUCUGCUUGAGUCUUUCAACUUGUGUCUCCAACACAACCUGUCCUCCUCCGUCCUGGCUGAUGUCUGUCUGAACAUCGUGGAGUGUCAUGGCCAGUCUGACCCGGCAGUAGCAGGUCAACACCUCGCCAUGUUUCAGAGCUGCUGCACCGUUGCCAUGGCGGCCGAGGUCCUAAACGCCGCCUGCACGGACACCGAUGUGUCCCAGCUCGCAGCUUUGCUCAACGUCCGCAGGAAUCUGCUCCUCUCUCAGGAGGAGAUGCCCACCAGCAUGCUGAGGGGAGUGGAGAACUCCCUUAACAGCCUCUCCAAGGCCUUCGGCCAGCUGACCGUCAGUCCCAACCACCUGAACAUCCUGUCAGAACUCCCAUCCAACCUGAAGAUCCUGCUGCUUCAGCACACAGAUGACGGGUCAGAGCUCUACGGGGGCUUCUAUGAGGCAGAAAAUCCUAAAGGAAAGACGACACAAGCCACAGGUACGCUGACAUGCUCCAGGGUGGCCAAGGUCUCCGUCUGCCCGCAGGAGCUGCUGGCGCUCAGGGAGAAGACUCGGGCCUUCGUCCAGGACACCAAACAUUCCCCCCUCCAGGGAGACUCUCGGCACAGUGUUGAGGCCUGGCAGGAACCUUCCAGCAAACAUCAGAACACAUCGGACCAUACGAAGCUAGAGCAUCACUUCAGAGAAAUUGUAAAAGGCAUGGAAGAAUACUUGGAUCCACUUCUGUCGCAGUUUGACUUCUCUUGUUUGAGCAACCCUCCGGCUGCAUCUCCACCAGUCUCUGCGAUGUCCCAACGUAAAGAGAAGGGAAAAGACAGGAACUCGGUGCUGCUUCCCGAAAGGGUAGAUGUGGAUGUGGUGGUCCUGGCUGACAGGACUUUGCUUGAGCUGCCGCUGGAGUGCUUGUCCGUCCUGCGAGAGGAAACCCUGAACUCUGUGUCCCGAGACUUCUCCCUGCAGCUUCUCUACAGCCGCUUACGCAGAGAGAAACUGCAGACUGGAGGGACCACUCUGUGUUUGACGGUGUAUGAGCUUUUGAAAACCCACAGCCAGCAUCACACCCUUAAGUGGGAGGGAUUCCUGGGCAGCAAAGAAACACCCAGUUCGUCUGAGACGGAGCGGCUGCUGUGCAGUUGCAGCGCCUUCGUGUACGUGGGGAUGGACCCGUUUGUGGCAAACGUUUCUCCUGCGAACCUGGCGGCCCGCAACCUCUCCGACUGCCGCGUGGCUCUGCUCUUUGACCGGGUCCAGAACAAAGUCAGCGCUCUCCGCCAGACAAAUCUUGAAAAGCAAAAGAGUGCGGCUCAACUCUCCCUGGAGAAGCCGCUGGAGACGGCUCUGCUGCUGAGUGUGGGGGGGGUCGGCUGUGUUAUCCUCAACCAGUGGAACUGCAGUCUGCAACAGAAUACACACAACGUCGCCACAGUGCUCGAUAAGACGCUGAGUCUCAAACAGACGUCUGGCCAGAGCGUCCUGGCCCUGAGGACAGGGAGCAACUCUGAGACGCCUCGUCACAAACUAUCAAACGAUCAAGGGCUCCUUACUGACUCAGAAGACAAAGUUCAAUAUCAAACGGCUCUCACACCGUCAGCUUUCAACUGUGUUCUCUAUGGACUUCCUAACUUAAUUGUCACUUAA